AUGGGAAUAACAUGGGUGAACUUGGGAAGCCAAUUUGUGCCUUCCAUGCAACAGGCCGGGACGAGGGACGGGGAAGGAGCCUAUGAAGUGGUCAGUGUCUCGCUUUUGAACGGAGAUCCAUGGAACCCAAUGAAGACAGCAGACUCAGAGAUUCACCCAGGAGUGUUGAAUUUUCGAAUACAACUGACAAGCAAAGAACUGACCGUGAACCUGGAAAGAAAUGAAGGUCUCAUCGCCAGCAGUUUCACGGAAACCCACUAUCUCCAGGGUGGCACAGACAUCUCUCUCAUCCGAAAUUACACAGGUCACUGUUACUACCAUGGGCGUGUGCAAGGCUUUUCCGGAUCGACGGUCAGUCUCAGCACUUGUUCUGGUCUCAGGGGACUCAUUACAUUUGAAAAUAACACCUAUAUUUUGGAGCCAAUGAAAAAUGCAACCAACAGAUACAAAUUCUUCCCAGUGGAAAACUUGCCGGGCACCUGGGGAUCGUGUGGAUCAAAUACGUCGGGCCUCAGUCUGCAUGACAGGCUCCCACUGGCCUCCCAGACCCAGACAAGAAGGCAAAAAAGAGAGACCCUCAAGAUGACCAAGUACGUGGAGCUCGUUAUCGUCGCCGAUAACCGAGAGUUUCAGAGGCAAGGAAAAGACCUGGAAAAAGUCAAGCAGCGAUUAAUAGAGAUCGCUAAUCACGUUGACAAGUUUUACCGACCACUGAACAUUCGAAUCGUGUUGGUGGGCGUGGAGGUGUGGAAUGACAUUGACAAAUGCUCCAUAAGUCAGGACCCGUUCACGAGCCUGCAUGAGUUUCUGGACUGGAGAAAGAUGAAGCUUCUGCCUCGCAAAUCCCAUGACAACGCGCAGCUCAUCAGUGGAGUUUAUUUCCAAGGGACCACCAUCGGCAUGGCACCCAUCAUGAGUAUGUGCACAGCAGAACAGUCCGGGGGAAUCGUCAUGGACCAUUCAGACAGCCCCCUGGGCGCGGCCGUGACCCUGGCACAUGAGCUGGGCCACAAUUUUGGGAUGAACCAUGACACCCUGGAGAGAGGUUGCAGCUGCAAGACGGCCGCUGACAAGGGAGGAUGCAUCAUGAACCCUUCAACCGGGUUCCCAUUCCCCAUGAUGUUCAGCAGCUGCAGCAGGAAGGACCUGGAGGCCAGCCUGCAGAAGGGCAUGGGCAUGUGUCUGUUCAACCUGCCGGAAGUGAAGCAGUCCUUCGGGGGCCAGAAGUGCGGGAAUGGAUAUGUUGAAGAAGGAGAAGAGUGUGACUGUGGGGAACCGGAGGAAUGUCAGAAUCUCUGCUGCAAUGCCACCACCUGUACCCUGAAGCCAGAUGCUGUCUGCGCGCACGGACUGUGCUGUGAAAACUGCCAACUGAAGCCAGCGGGAACCGCAUGUAGGGACCCCAGCAACGCCUGCGACCUCCCAGAGUUCUGCACGGGGGCCAGUCCUCACUGCCCGGCCAACGUGUACCUGCACGACGGGCACCCGUGCCAGGGGGUGGAUGGCUACUGCUACAACGGCAUCUGCCAGACCCACGAGCAGCAAUGCGUCACCCUCUGGGGGCCAGGUGCUAAACCUGCCCCCGGGAUCUGCUUUGAGAGAGUCAACUCCGCAGGUGACCCUUAUGGCAACUGUGGCAAAGAUUCCAAGAGCUCCUUUGCCAAGUGCGCGAUGAGAGACGCUAAGUGUGGAAAAAUCCAGUGUCAAGGAGGUGCCAGCCGACCAGUCAUUGGUACCAAUGCUGUUUCCAUAGAAACAAAUAUCCCCCUGCAGGAAGGAGGCCGGAUUCUGUGCCGCGGGACCCACGUGUACUUGGGUGAUGACUUGCCGGACCCGGGGCUCGUGCUUGCCGGCACAAAGUGCGCAGACGGAAAAAUCUGCCUGAAUCGUCGGUGUCAGAAUGUCAGUGUCUUUGGUGUGCAUGAGUGUGCGGUGCAGUGCCACGGCAGGGGGGUGUGCAACAACAGGAAGAAUUGCCACUGCGAGCCCCACUGGGCGCCUCCCUUCUGUGACAGGUUUGGCUUCGGAGGGAGCACGGACAGCGGCCCCGUCCGGCAAGCAGAUAACCAGGGUUUAACGAUAGGAAUUCUGGUCACCAUCCUCUGUCUUCUUGCUGCUGGAUGUGUGGUUUACCUCAAAAGGAAGACGUUGAUACGACUGCUGUUUACAGAUAAAAAAAACACCAUCGAAAAGCUAAGGUGCGUGCGUGCUUCCCGGCCCCCCAGGGGCUCCCAGCCCGGCCAGGCCCACCUCACCCACCUCAGCAAAGGCCCGAUGAGGAAGCCGCCACCUUCCAGCACACCUAAGGACAACACCCGGAGAGUGCCACCGUGUCAGCACGUGGACAUCAGCAGACCCCUCAAGGCCCCCGACGCCUCUCGGCCGAGUUCCCCGCAGCGAGGACUCCCACCCCUGCACCAGGCUCCUCGUGUGCCCUGCGUCCCUGCCAGACCCCUGCCGGCCAACCCUGCACUCAGGCAGGCCCAGGGAACUCGUAAGCCAAGCCCCCCUCAGAAGCCGCUGCCUGCAGACCCUUUGAGCAAGACGGCUCGCCUGGCCAGCGCCUCAGCCAGGUCCCCGGGACGGCAGGAGUCUGUGCUCUGCCUGGCGCCUAUCAGACCUGCUCCGAAACAGCCCCAUCCAGUGCCCAGACCCGCCCCCAUCGCCUAUGCUAAGUGA